AUGAACUUUGAUUUCGCCUCCUCGUCAAUGACCGGGUCGUGGCUUGGCGCAAUUCUGGGAACGCAGACAGAAACUGUCCCGGAUCUCGUCGAAACCCCAGCCCGAGUCUCAUUCUUGUGUCCAUGUAUCCAAGUGCCAGCUUGUGUGAAAGCCCUAUUGAGUAUGUGCACCAGUAGACGCGGAGCGCUGCAGACAAAGGAGAAGACUGGCUGA